CGGCGCGGGGCGGCAGCCGGGCCACUCGAGGUGGCCGCGCGCCGGGGCUGAGCGGAGCGAGCAAACGAGGGAGCUGGGGCCGCGCAGGGGCGCCCGCCCGCCGCCCGCCGCUCAGAGUGCCGGGGCCGGCCGCCGUGGGCGCGCGCCCCGCGGGUGCGGGUGCGGGUGCGGGCGCGGGUGCGGGUGCGGGCGCGGGCCGCGGGCCGUGGGCGCGGGAUGCUCUAGGCGCCCGCGGGGGCCCGGAGCGCCGCGAGGGGCGCGGGAGGCGGCGCGGGGCGCCAGGCCGAGAAGUUAGUUGGCGGCGCGGGCGGCGGCGGGGGCGGGGGCGCGGCGGGGGCGCGGGCCGGGGCCAUGGGCAGCGCCGGCCGCCUGGACCUGCUGUGCGUGCUGGCGCUCGUCGGGGGCUGCCUGCUCCCCGCGGCCCGCGCGCGCGUCUACACCAACCACUGGGCGCUCAAGAUCGCCGGCGGCUUCCCCGAGGCCAACCGCAUCGCCAGCAAGUACGGCUUCGUCAACCUCGGACAGAUCGGGGCUCUGAAGGACUAUUACCACUUCUACCAUAGCAGGACGAUUAAAAGGUCAGUUCUCUCGAGCAGAGGAACCCACAGUUUCAUUUCAAUGGAACCAAAGGUGGAGUGGAUUCAGCAGCAAGUUGUAAAGAAACGGAUCAAGCGGGAUUAUGACUUCAGUCCUAGCCAGUCUACAUACUUCAAUGACCCCAAGUGGCCCAGCAUGUGGUACAUGCACUGCAGUGACAACUCCCACCCCUGCCAAUCCGACAUGAACAUUGAAGGUGCCUGGAAAAGAGGCUACACGGGGAAGAAUGUCGUGGUCACCAUCCUGGACGAUGGCAUUGAGAGGACCCACCCGGAUCUGAUGCAGAACUAUGAUGCUCUAGCAAGUUGUGAUGUGAACGGAAAUGACUUAGACCCAAUGCCUCGUUAUGAUGCCAGCAACGAGAACAAGCACGGGACCCGCUGUGCGGGAGAAGUGGCCGCCGCAGCAAACAACUCCCACUGCACAGUUGGAAUUGCUUUCAAUGCCAAGAUCGGAGGAGUCCGAAUGUUGGAUGGAGAUGUCACUGACAUGGUUGAAGCGAAAUCAGUGAGCUUCAACCCCCAGCAUGUGCACAUUUAUAGUGCAAGCUGGGGCCCAGAUGACGAUGGCAAGACUGUGGACGGACCUGCUCCGCUCACCCGCCAGGCCUUUGAAAAUGGGGUUAGAAUGGGACGGAGAGGCCUUGGUUCUGUUUUUGUCUGGGCAUCUGGAAACGGCGGAAGGAGCAAAGACCACUGCUCUUGUGACGGCUACACCAACAGCAUCUAUACCAUCUCCAUCAGCAGCACUGCCGAAAGUGGGAAGAAGCCCUGGUACCUAGAAGAGUGUUCGUCUACACUGGCCACAACUUACAGCAGUGGAGAGUCCUAUGAUAAGAAAAUAAUUACCACAGACCUGCGGCAGCGAUGCACGGACAAUCACACGGGCACGUCAGCCUCAGCACCCAUGGCUGCAGGCAUCAUCGCACUGGCCCUGGAAGCCAAUCCGUUUCUGACCUGGAGAGAUGUGCAGCAUGUUAUUGUCAGGACUUCCCGUGCAGGACAUUUGAACGCUAAUGACUGGAAAACCAAUGCUGCUGGUUUUAAGGUGAGCCAUCUCUAUGGAUUUGGACUGAUGGAUGCAGAAGCCAUGGUGAUGGAGGCCGAGAAGUGGACCACCGUUCCCCAGCAGCACGUGUGUGUGGAGAGCACGGACCGACAAAUCAAGACAAUCCGUCCGAACAGUGCAGUGCGCUCCAUCUACAAAGCUUCUGGCUGCUCCAGUAACCCCAACCGCCACGUGAACUACCUGGAGCACGUGGUCGUGCGCAUCACCAUAACUCACCCCAGGAGGGGAGAUCUGGCCAUCUACUUGACCUCGCCCUCAGGAACCCGGUCCCAGCUCUUGGCUAACAGACUUUUCGAUCAUUCUAUGGAAGGGUUUAAGAACUGGGAGUUCAUGACCAUUCACUGCUGGGGAGAGCGAGCCGCGGGUGACUGGGUCCUGGAAGUGUAUGAUACCCCGUCUCAGCUGAGAAACUUCAAGACUCCAGGUAAAUUGAAAGAGUGGUCGUUAGUCCUCUACGGUACCUCUGUGCAGCCGUACUCACCAACCAACGAAUUCCCCAAAGUGGAACGUUCGCGCUACAGCCGAGUGGAGGACCCGACAGAGGACUACGGCACAGAGGAGUAUGCGGGUCUCUGUGACCCCGAGUGCAGCGAGGUGGGCUGUGACGGGCCGGGGCCAGAACACUGCAAUGACUGUCUGCAUUACUACUACAAGCUGAAAAACAACACCAGGAUUUGUGUCUCCAGCUGCCCCCCAGGCCACUACCAUGCAGACAAGAAGCGGUGCAGGAAGUGUGCGCCCAACUGCGAGUCUUGCUUUGGGAGUCACAGCGACCAGUGCUUGGCCUGUAAACAUGGCUACUUCCUACAUGAGGAAACGAACAGCUGUGUCACCCACUGCCCCGAUGGGUCCUAUCAGGACACCAAGAAAAAUCUUUGCCGGAAAUGCAGUGAAAACUGCAAGACAUGUACCGAGUUCCACGACUGCACAGAGUGCAGAGACGGAUUAAGCCUGCAGGGUUCCCACUGCCACGUCACCUGUGAGGAUGGAUGGUUUUUCAAUGGACAGGAGUGCCAGCCCUGCCACCGUUUCUGCGCCACGUGUUCUGGGGCAGGCACCAACGGGUGUAUUAACUGCACAGAGGGUUACUUCAUGGAGGAGGGCAGGUGUGUACAGAGCUGCAGCAUCAACUCUUACUUUGACCACUCUUCAGAGAAUGGAUACAAAUCCUGCAAAAGAUGUGACACCAGCUGUUUGACAUGCAAUGGCCCAGGGUUCAAGAAUUGUACAAGCUGCCCCAAUGGGUAUCUCCUAGACUUAGGAAUGUGUCAGAUGGGAACCAUAUGCAAGGAUGCAACGGAAGAGUCCUGGGCCGAAGGUGGCUUCUGUAUGCUUGUGAAAAAGAACAAUCUGUGCCAACGGAAGGUUCUUCAACAACUUUGCUGCAAAACAUGUACAUUCCAAGGCUGAGCUGCCAUCCUAGAUUUCUCUGUUCCUGUAGACUUAUAGAUAACUCCAUAUUAUUAUUAAAAAGAAAAAAAAACAAGCAAAAAAAAAAAAGCAAGCCACCUCUCUCUUUCUUGCUCUCUUUUUCUCUCUUAAAUUUGUGCAGGGAGAGGGUGAACUGUUUUGUCAGAACUUAAAUGGAAAAAAAAUAAUAAACCUACAACAAGCCUACCUUUUAUAACUGGGUGUUUAGCGCUAAACAGCCAGAACCACAGAGACAGUAUUGUAUGACCAAAGCAUUUGAUGCCAAAAUUUGACGUUAAAGUAAUGAUUUGAUUUCCUGCCCUGGUUUUGAAGGUCCUCUUUCUUCCUUUUACAUUUACUUGCUGGUUUCCCCUUUGAGACACCUCUCAAAUACCGUUCUAAAACAUCACAAGAGCAGACGUAGAUCAAAAUGAAACAGAAAGCUCUUGCAUCACUGAUUUUUUUUUUUCAUGCUAGAGUCCAUUGUGGGGAAGUGGCAGAAAACUAUGCUACGGGCACCCAGAACAUCCCACAGAAUCGUGCUCAGUGUUGUUUAUCUCAGUUUUUUACAGGGGAACAUUGAUCCUUUCCACAUGUAAUUCACGCCAGGCAUUAUGCACCGGUCUGGGCAUUAUACUCCCUUGAUUGAUUACUCUGUUCCAAGGGGCUUCAUCAGAUAGACUUGCUGCUACUGGCUUUUCCAUUGUAGAAUUGGUUGAUUUUGCACACCACUGGCCAAAUAGGGUUGCUCUGCAUAGUCAAGUUGGUGAUGAGCAGAGGGUAAAGUUUUGUAGCAUAGCGAAACAUAGAGGCUGUUCUAGCACCCUCAAAAUCCAGAGUGUUCAUUUUGUAAGCCCUGCACAAUCUCUCGGUGCUCUCAACAGUUUAUCACCAUAGCAUUUUUCAAAGGCCAUGAGCAAUUCUAUUUGUUGUUGGUGGGAAGUAUUUCAGGCGUGAUGCAGGAAAUUUUUUUCCUAGAAUCAAAAGUUUCUAAAAGGUCCUGUAUUUUUUAAGAAAUAGAAGUUAUUUCAAUAGUAUUUAAGCUUGUGUCCUAAAGGCCAAGCAACAUUUUUUUCAAUGGUGCUUCUUAGUAAAUUUUUUUCAUCUUGCCAUUUCAAGAAAAUAAAACUGGAAAUGGAAUACGAGUGGCAUGAUUGUACCCUCCUGGUUCUGAUCCCUUUCCUCUGUCCCUCUGUCACUGUACUAUGACAUACCUAUCCACGGGUGUCAUUAAGAUCAUCUGUUCCCUGGAAGUAUCUUCACUGUUUUUCUGUGACUCCCUAAACACGCCUUGAGAUCAAGUAGCCCAAAUUAUGCAGAAACUGGUGUAGAAUCAGUGGUCAGAAAUGAGGGAGGCUGAGACUCUCUACAAAUUUUGAAUUUUUGUGUGUGUGAGAGUGAGGAUAGAAGAUAUUAAGUUACUUCAUAUUUUAUACCAUACCCUCUUUGGUGACCCAUUAGUGACACUUUGGAGGCCUCAGCCUGCUUCUGAGAGCCUCCCUUUCAGGGUACCUCUGGCCUCAGAACUGAGGAGAAGAAGAAUGGCAAUACAGACGAUUGUGGGAAGGUGCUGGGGAGUGGACGCCAAGGUCCUUGUCCAAUCAUGCAGGCAGUAAAAAGCCUUCAUUCCAAUUAUUUAUUCCUAUAAAUUGAAGUAAUCACUUAACCCAAUUGAAGAAUAAUAGUUUAGUGGCCCCCAGCAUUCUGGUGGCACUGAGUCAUGUAAGGAUUGAUUCAUAAAUAACUAGGAAAUCAACUGAUCUUACUGAGCAAUUUCCCUCUACAUAACUGCAGAAUGAACCAUCUGAUGCAAAGAAAGCAAGUUAAUCCCGAGUACAGUAUAUAAGUCUUAUAUUUAAAGGCAAAAAGGUCUUUUAAUAAGCAAAUGUGAGCACAAGCCUAAAGCAAAAUCAAGAGAUGAUUAAACCAGAUUUGCCUACAAAUGAAUUCAUUUAACUGAACCAGUCCAUAAAAUUUGAGGUAUAAAUCUACUAUGAAAGAUUGAAAUGAUGUCUGUGUCCUUAGGCAAAUACCCUAUGAGGUGCCAGCUGAGUUCCUUGGGGUCCACCAACAUGUGUUCUCAUGUGUUCAUUACCCACUGACCAUGCAGACGCACUUCACGGAAAUACUGGUUUAUUGACUAGUGUGUUACUGCCUCGUUUAUCUACAGAAUAUUAUUAACUAGAACAUAAUGCUUUCAAAGUUUAAGUUAAUGUUAUAUAUUAUGUAUAAAUAUAUAUAUUCAUAAUCUAUGUAAUGAAUAGUACAAAGUUUGGAGACUUAACAAAUGCUCUAACCUUCCAGAGACAAAAGUCCUAUCUUUUGUUUUCUUUUGUCUUUUUACCUUUAAUUAGUGAUCCAUUGUUAAAUCCAAAUCCACUUUUACUGAAAAAUACUGUACAUGUGUAAAAUGUUCAGUUGUUUUUUUGUAAAAUAUAGCAUAAUGGUUGUAAUUGAUACUCGCCCAAAACGAUGUUAUUCCAUAUUUUAUUUUUUCUAUUAAAUUAACCUAAGUUCC